ACUGACUUAGGUGGGUCCCACCGUCGGAAUUGGCGGUGGGUUCCACUUCACGGAUUUCACACGUGUGCUGCGUGUAUAGGUGCUUGUGGAGAGGGGAUGGCAAGGGUUCUAGGGUGGUUUUAAGCUGCGGAAAGCGGCAGUGAGAAGAGAGGCGUUUGCAGGCGCCAAAAAAACUGAACACUUUCCUCGGAUUUGAAACCCUAAUACCUCAACCGCUCACCAUCGUCGGCCCACGCAACUAUUCGAAGCGAAAUCUCAGCCGUUCAAUCGCCCCUUGGAUUGGAGAAGAUUAUUUGCAAAAUUUUCAGGGACUUCGGAGCCCAAAGACUGAGUUUCCCUUUUUAACCUCCACCUGUGGAACUCAAAGAUUUCAAUUUUUCUUUUAUCUUUUGAUUUCAAGAGAGCACCAGAGCCAUGAUUACAGGCGGGAAAAUCUAUGUUUCUUCUCCUCCAGCAUUCUCCAAUGACAGCAAGAAAUUGCUUUUCUGCACGGGAAAUACUGUCUCAAUCUUCAGUACCUCCACGGGCAUGCAGAUAACAGAAUUGGAGGGUCAUACAGAACAGGUCACUUCUGUUAUUGUCAUGCCAGCUGGUUCCCCUGCAACUAAAAUUCUAUGCUAUUGUUGGACUGCAUCAUUGGAUGGAACAAUUUGUUAUUGGGAUUUUUCUCUGCCUGAAUUGAUAAAGAAGGUGGAAGUUAAUCUUCCAAUACACUCCAUGGUGAUCCCAAAUGUAUCAAGUCUACCAGUUGCAAUCAGUAAUAAGCCAUCCAAUCUUUAUGCAUUUAUUUCGGUUGAAGAUACAGCUAAACCAAAGGGCCUGGAUAAGUUGCGAGGAAUAAUUCGAAUGUGUAACUUAACCAAGUCUUGUCUAGUUGGAGGAGAGUUGGCAGAGACUACAAACCCAGAGUUCAUAGUUGUUAGUAAUACUGGGGAGCUUUUUGGCAUUCGAAAUCAGCGCCGACUUCGCAUAUGGAAGGUCCCUGAUGGAGAUUUUAAUCAUGAUGAGGUGAAAGCGAUAAGAUUGCAUCAUACAAAGAAUUUAACGACUCUUGCAUUUCAUCCAACUGAGAGAAUUGUAGCUGGAGGUGAUGUGACCGGAAGGAUUUUGAUAUGGAGAGGUGUUGGAAAUAGAAAGUUUUCACAAAAUGAACGGCCAUCGAGUGGUGGGAAGGUAAAAAAUGAGGAAGAAAGGCCUGGAGUGAGGUACGUUGAUGAUGCUGAUUCCUGUUCAACCUGGCACUGGCACCCAUCUGAAGUGAAGUUUCUCUCUUUCUCCUCAGAUGGAGCUUAUCUAUACUCAGGUGGGAAGGAAGGAGUUCUUGUGGUUUGGCAGCUUGACACGGGAAAGAAGAAGUUUUUGCCACGUAUAGGAUCCCCGCUUCUAUAUUUUACGCAUUCUACGGAUCCUUCCCUUUCCUCUAUAUCUUGUGCAGAUAAUCAAAUCCAUCUACUAAAAAUGCCUUCAAUGGAAAUUUUGAAGUCCAUAUCUGGGAUCAAGCUUCCUUGUUCAUUUCCAGAGAUUCAUGAAGGCUUAUACAGUGGAUUUGUCUUUGAUCGUGCUUCUGGGUUAGUUGCUCUUCCGACGCAAACCUAUUGCGUACAAUUCUACAGCUUGUUUGACAAUCGUGAGGUUUCACAGGUUCAGGUCUGUGAACGUAAUUAUCAGCCUGUUGAUGAUGUCACGGUAGUUGUCACUCUUGUAGUUCUCUCCUUAGACGGAUCUAAGAUGGGCACUGUUGAAGUUAAACUUCCCGAGGAAGGCAUAGGGGGCCUUAUAAGUCUUAAAUUUUGGGAAUCUGGAUCGGGGAGUGGGGAGUUCACCUUGUCCACAGUCAUUUAUGAGCCUCACAGUGAUGCAGGAAUUUCGGCUUUGGCAUUUCAUCCCGCCCGGAGUAUGGCUGUGAGCUCUUCUUAUGGUUGUGACUUCAAGAUCUGGGGUCAUAGUUAUGACAUUCAACCAACAGAUCAAACAGCUCAGAAAUCUGGUUGGAGAUGCCAAUCUGUUGGUUCAUACAAGAAAAGGCCAAUGACAGCUGCUGCAUUUUCUGGCGAUGGCUCUGUUCUAGCUGUUGCUGCAGAAGAUGUUGUCACUUUGUGGGACCCAGACAAGAAUGUUCUUGUAGCUGUAAUUGGAGAGACUCUCAUGCCAAUCAGAGCACUUUCUUUCAUCGGCAAGUCAGAAUAUCUUGUAUCAGUAUCUCAAGGUUCAAAACCACAGCUUGCAAUUUGGAGCAUGUCAAAACUGUCUAUGUCAUGGUCGUAUAAACUUCUUGCAGAAGCUGUGGCCUGCAAUACAGACAGUUCUCAGUUUGCUGUUCUGGCCCUCAUUCCCAAAUCAUGCAAACAGACUGUAGCUGAUGAAACUGCACAUGGCGGAGAUGGGGUAAUUUUAUUAUUCAAUCCGGAAGAUCCCGUUCCUAUAGCGACUUGGUCUGUGAAGAAGGCAAAGGGAGGUGGGCUUGCAUUCUUGACACCCAAUCCAUCCCCUCAUGAGAGGACAUCUUCUGAGGGACUAGCACCAUCAGCAAUGCUUGUGUAUAUAAAUGGCAAUCAUGAAUACGUCAUCUUCGAUCCAUACAGCAGAGAAGAGCACCAGAUGAGCAUGAUUCGUCGGGAGAAUGAUGGCCCACCAGAAGAAACAGGACAAUUUGGUUAUGCAUCUAUCUACGGUGAACUUCCAGAAUUUGAGGCGAAGAAAGACCAUGUACCACCUGCCCCAUUUGUGCCAUCAGAUAAACCAUGGGAGACUAUAUUCAGUGGAUCAUCACAUGUUCUUCCACCCCUCACCAAACUAUGCUCUGCCUUUUUGGCAUCCUUGCUAGAGAAGAAGCCAAGCAUCCAACAGUAAUUUCUCCACUUCUCAGCAUUCAACCAUGUGAACUGGGAACUGACUCGAUGCAGGGAACUUCCUAUCGGACCCAUUUUGGCAACUUGGGGUCACUGAGAGACGUCUGCUCAUUUGACGCAUGGCUAUGAAUGAGACGGCGAAAUCGAUGAUUUAGAAGGUUUUUUUAUAUUGUUGAAAUGCAGCAACUUGCCAGGAGUUGGGAGUAUCAAGGAGGAAUGAAAUGUAGGGUGGUUUUUGGCUGUUUGGAGUGGCAUGAAACAGGGAUGCGUGGAAUUGGAUUUCAAGCAAUACUUAGAGAAAGGUCGUAUUAUAAAUCAAACCAAGAGAAACAGCUAGAAACAGCUUCCAAAAUUUUGGAAAUUCUACAAUUUUGUUUUUUUCUUAAAUUAUUGUAAUGGCGAAAUAUCAGUUUUUGCAAAGAUUCCACCAUGUCCA